CGGAACAUCCGGUUGAAAAUUAAAAAACACGAAAAUAUCCAAGAUGUCAACAAAACGACAAGAAUCAGUGGAUUUAAAGCAGUAUGUGUGCCUGAAAUGACAACAAUGAAUGGAGACUUAGCAGGGGCUUGCGCUCCACCGAGUUGGGUGGAAUUCUGUGAGCAACAGGCUUCGCAGGCUGCAGCACAAUUUUCUAAAUAUUUUCGAGAUUUCAUCGAAAAUAACCCUUGCCAUAAUCGCCCUAAUGCGAGUAAAGACUUUGCUAGAAAAUUUGUACACUACUUCCUCGCUCAUUUUGCUGCUGAAACUAAUCGCCUCAGCUUUCAUGAAACAGUUGGAACUCAGACUGGAUCUACAAAGUUACCCAGCAAUGAAGACCUCCAGAACUUUUCAAUGAAUGGAAAUUUUCUCGAUGGAGGUGAUUAUACAGAACAAGAAUCUCCAAGUCAAAAAAACAACAAGCCAUUUUUCCGGAGACUAUCUUUUCGGAAUUUUAAAUCUGUCAAACAUAACAUGCGGGGACUUUUCAAGCAACAUUCUGAUGAGCAAGAGUUAGCAUCUAUAUCGACACCUAACCUUAGCAAAUCUAAAAAGAAACACUCGAAAUCAGAGAAAAAACUUGCGGGCAAGGUGAUUUUAAGUGUUAAAAAGGAAGGAAUGGUAAAUAAACUGAUAGGAGAAGAUGCCAAAGGAAAAACAAGUUGGGAAAGAUGUCGUUUAGUUCUUCUACAAACAACAGGUGGUUUUAUGCUGGAAUUCUACAUUCCUCCUAAGGCUGUUAAACCUAAACAUGGGGUGUUCUGCUUCCUUAUUACUGAGGCCAGAGAGACGACUGCUCUAGAAAUGCCUGAUCAUGAGAACACAUUUGUACUCAAGGCAGUUAAGCUUCCUGAACAGGGUGGUCACAUAUCAUUGGCAGAGAGUUUAACUGAGUACGUGUUGGAGGCAUCAGGAGUUGCUGAAAUGCAGUCAUGGCUGGCUACCAUACGUCAAAGUAUGAGACCUGAGAAUGUCAACCAAGACAACAUUGAAGAAAUGAGGCCGAGACUAGGAACUGCCCCGGGUCCAAAUCUGAAUAGACCAAACAUAAGUAUCACAACAGCCAAUAUAGUCAGAGAUGGGGGUUCAGGCCUGAGUACACCUAACAGUCAGCGUCGCCUAUCCAUUGACAGUGACAACAGUACAGAGCACCCCCCUGAGCUCCCACCACGGACCCCCACUAGGCCAAUAUCUAUGGCGGGGGCAAACUUCCGUGCAAUGAGGUCCUCAAGCAAUAAUAGUUCUGAAGUGACCACUGGAUCGCCUAGAUCUGAGAGUGGCUUUGGUCAACUAACAGGUGCCACAUCAAGUCCACUUCCUGUUCCCGAAAGCUUUUUAGACCAACACUUAAAGGAAUACCCAUGGUUCCAUGGUACAUUGUCCCGCAUGGAUGGUGCCCAAUUGGUCCUUCAAAGCAGCUCCUCUGGGCACGGUGUUUUCCUUGUACGCCAGAGUGAGACGCGGAAAGGAGAGUAUGUAUUGACGUUUAACUUCCAGGGCCGUGCAAAGCAUCUAAGAAUGACUAUAAAUUCUGAAGGCCAGUGUAGGGUCCAGCAUCUCUGGUUCCAGACAAUAUUCGACAUGUUAGAGCAUUUCCGAACACAUCCUAUACCUUUAGAGUCUGGGGGGUCUUCAGAUGUGACAUUGACUGACUAUGUAGUUUGCCUUGAUAGGCCACGGACCCCUUCAUCACAACGUAGUUCUCCUCCCAGUCUACUAACAAACACUUUAAGUCAGUCAACUACUGGGAUUGUUAACUUAGCAACAACAAAUGUUCCAGUGAAUGCCGCAUUAAGAGGUAGCGGGAAUAUUUAUUUAGGAGCCAGUGGGGGUAGCGGAGGAAGCAGAGAGGCAAUUAUUACAAACAGUGGGUCGGUACGUACCCGGACAGAUUCUUUAGAACGGGAUCAACAGAGUGGCCAUAGAGCUAUUGAAAAUCAUUAUUCUUUUGUAUGA